CUCAACAGAAAGAGGGCAACAAGAGGUGGGAUCAGGAAAAUGGCCUCUGGUUUUGCUCUGAGAGGAACCGUGGUCAGAGCUUUAUGUGGCAAAGGAAACUCUUUAAACCUGAAUUCAAAUCAGUGGAAGAGUGUCCCUGAGUUUGUCUCCAGAUUCCCAAAGCUCUCAGUCCUUCUGUUGUGCUACAACUCUCUCUCUGACCUCCCAAGCCAUUUCCAGUCUCUAAAUCACCUUACAGAGCUGAAUUUGGGAAAUAAUGCCCUGAGGGAGAUUCCUAUAGCCAUCAGCUACCUGGGUUCACUGAGGAAACUCUACCUCUACCGCAACAAAAUUGAUGUGGUGUCACCUGACGCAAUUGGUAGCCUAAGAGACCUUGUUGUCCUCAAUCUCAACCACAACAAGAUUAAAAGGUUGCCACCAGAGAUUGGCAGGCUGAAGAAGCUUCAGCUCCUCAGUAUGAUUGAUAACAAGCUGGAGGAGCUUCCUGGUGAAAUUGGUUGUCUUAAAAAGCUAUCUGAGCUCAACCUUACCUUUAACAAUCUCUCAAGGCUACCUCGGCAGCUGUACUUUUGCAUGAACCUCGUACAGCUGUACGCAGCCAGAAACAGGCUGAUAAACCUGCCAGAGGGAAUAACAGCUCUUACUAAGCUUCGGGUUCUGGAUGUGGCUGGGAACAUGCUGUCCAUAUUUCCUGUAGAGUUCCACCUGCUGCAUUUGAAGGAGCUGCGCUGUGAGGGAAACUGGCUGAUUAAACGUAAACCAGUGCCACUACAUCCGCGACCCGAGAUCCUGCCACUGAAGGAGCUGGCGGCCAGGUUUGUUUUGUUAGAAGUCAGAAAGCAGUUCUCGCUGAUCAACCUGAGUCUUCCUCACUACCCAGAGGUGAAUGUCCUGUUGUCCAGCAGCAGCUUUUGUACAGAGUGCAAUAGCCCCUUCCUCACUACCUGGUUGGAGUGUGUGCAGUUUGUCAAUCUGAAGAAGGACAUGAAGAUGAAGACUUCGCUCACUAUCCCAGUCCGGGCUCUCCUGUGUUCAUACAAAUGCUUCAGAGCACAAGACCCCUUCUACUAUGCCAUUGAGAGGAAAUAAAUACAGAAAUACUGAA